ACUGUAUUAUGAUGUUCUUGUAGAACGUUUAACUUGCUUUUUUUCAUAAGCCAGGUAGAAAGCCAGAUCUUUGGUCAUUAUUGAAAAUAUUUGAACACUUGCACAGUAAAUGAAAAAGAUAGAUAAGAGCACAGCUCUUAAUAUCGAUGGUUAUACAUAAACUUUACAAGCGCAUUUAAAAAGGGGUAACCAAAUUUUUUUAAUAAACAACACGCAAAUGGCAUCUUUCAAAACAUCGACUGGUGAUGUUAGUUUCCAACUUCAAAAUACUGAAUCUAACCCGAACAUCAAUGCAGAUGGGCAGAUUUCCGGUAACAAACGAGAAGACAGCGUUUAUGAGGAGUCGGCGAACAUUGAACAAGAUGAGCAGAUUUCCGGUAGCAAAUAUGUUUACGAGGAGCCGGCGAUUACUCAGCGCAACGGCGGACGAAAGCAAGACAAAGAGCUACAACCGAAUAAUUGGCCUGUGAAAUGUUUCAUGGCUAUGAUGAUCGUAUUGGUGAUUGCCGUUGUUGUUUUGGCAACAUUGGUUGUCGUUCUAUUGUUCCUGACAAUUUCUUUAUCAAAUGAAACAAAAAAGAUCAAGGCACAACACACUGACGCCAAUCGAGUGAACGAUGACAACAGCAAUCGUUUUACAGAAAACCUCGCUCGACUGGCAGACGGUUUGGCAAACAUUUCAAUCAAAGUUGAGAGAGUUGAGAGUGAUUUGGCCUAUCAUUCCAACAUGGUUGCGGGUGAUAUCGCUAACAUUUCCACCAAAAUUGAUAGUGUUGCGGGUGAUUUAGUAAUUAUAUCCAGCAGAAUUGAGAGGGUAGAGGUGAAUUUGGAAGAAAUAACAUUGGGACAGGAGAUAGUUUUACAGAGGCGGAAACAAUUUGACAUUUUAUUCAACCGCACUUUUGAGGAGUAUGAAGCAGGUUUUGGAGACUUUUCCGGAGCAGGAGAUAUGUGGCUGGGGUUGAACAGAAUGCACAGGUUGACGCAAAAAGGAAGAUGGAACCUUCGAGUUUCGAUGCGCAAUUUCUCCGACAGUACACUUUUUUGGGGAGAAUGGUCAGACUUCAAGAUCCAACCCGCUCCCUUUUACAAUAUAUCUUUUGGCACAAUGGUGGCAAAAAGUGAGAAUAUGUACAACACCAGUGGUACUGGUUCUGGCCUUGAUUGGCACAACGGAAUGGCUUUCACAACGACUGACAGAGAUCAAGACGAACAUAGUGGCAACUGUGCUGCACGGUUUGGGGAAGGAGGUGGUUGGUGGUAUAGAUCUUGUUCUAAUGUUUAUCUGAAUGGUAGACUGGUCACUUCAGAAGCACCACUCAAUCAACAUAUGCGAUAUAUUGAUGGUGGUUCUAGUGAAUGGAUAUUGCUUUCAUCCAGUGAGAUGAGAAUGAUUCGAGUCGGCUGACUGGAGGACAAACUAAGACUAGAGAAGAUCACUAUAGAAGAACAUGAAUUAACCACAAAAGAUUGAUUGGAACUAAUUUCAGACAUGAACUCUUCUAGAAGAACCAAAAAAAUGUCAAGUUUGUAUCAUGAACUUAACAUAUAGAUUUCUAGAUUACUUGCUAACCAUUUGAGAUUUCAAAUAAGAUUAAAUUAAGACAUGUGCUGUAAAUGUUUCAUUUUGAGCUUAAAAUGAAUGAGAAAAGCUACCAGUAGA